AAUUAUCCAAAAAAUUAAGCAAUAAUCUCUCCAUCCGUAUAACUCUUCCAUUUUUUCUCGUCAUGGCUGAUGAAGAAGAGUGCAGCACCAGACUCGGUCUCGGACUUUGCGUCGGCGGACACAAUCUACCAAGAGGGGAGAGGCAAAAGGACAGGCAUCAGUCGCCAUGCUUGGACCUUUCGGUCGCGUUGUGCCUGAAAGAGCAAGCUCCCAAGGCGGAUCGUUCAUCCUUGAGAACUAGAGAAGAAGAGGAUGAAAUAGAUGAUUGGAAGAAUAACAGAAGCAACAACAACAACAUGAUCAGCGGGAAAAAGAAAUUGAAGCUCACCAAGGAGCAAUCAAGUUUGCUUGAAGACAACUUCAAACUGCGAGCCAACCUUAACCCGGCACAGAAGCAGGCGUUGUCAGAGCAAUUGAAUCUGAAACCGAGACAGGUUGAAGUCUGGUUUCAAAAUAGGAGAGCAAGAACGAAGCUGAAGCAAACCGCAGUAGACUGUGAGUUCUUGAAGAGACGUUGCGAGGACUUAAGCAACGAGAAUCGGAGGCUGAAGAAGGAGAUGAAAGAGCUGUGGUCCUUGAAAGCCACCGCUUCUGCGGCGCCACUGUCGUUGUUCAAUCAAAUUCCGAAGGCUGCGACGCUGUCAUUGUGUCCUUCAUGCGGGAAAAAAGAAGAGAAAGCGGCUGUGGUCCUUAACAAUAAAUUGCAGGGCGGCUCCGUUGGCACUUGGUACAAAAGUAGAUUAACAAAUAGUUAAUCCCCAUGUAAAUGGAGUAUUAGUCUAAACCCAAUAAUUCAUUGAAUGACAA